AUCCUCUCCUUCGAUUGGGUCUCUCUCUCUCUCUCUCUCUCUGAGCUCUACUUUUCGCCCUAAUUUUGGAUGAACCCGUUCUGAUUGCGCCGGCUCCAUUCGUUGCGGCAUCGCUGUUUCUUCUUCCGGGAGUCACAUUCGAUUCAAUUUGAUGCAGUUUUCAAGUGCUUCCAUGUGAGAGAGAAUGCACGCGCCGGAUUACCAGGGCUCCCAUAUCGGCCGCUCCAUCCUCAGCCUGCGCCGCGACCAGGCCGCCUCCGCCUCCGCCUCCACCGCCGCCGCCGCCGCCCACUCCAUGGAGCCCCACCACCGUGACGCCUCCACCCAGGAGCUCGAGCUCGAGGUCUUCCAGAGGCAAGUCGCCGAUCGCUUCCUCGAGCUCUCCUCCGCCUCCGCAGACGACCUGCUCUCCCUCGCCUGGGUUCAGAAGCUCCUCGACGCCUUCCUCUGCUGCCAGGAGGAUUUUGGGGUCAUCCUCUUCAACAACAGGGUUAAUGUCGCGAGAUCGCCGGCCGCGGAGCGCUUGCUGGCCGAGUUUUACGAGAGGAGCGUGAAGGCGCUUGACGUCUGCAAUGCCAUAAGGGACGGGAUUGAGCAGAUCAGGCAGUGGCAGAAGCUCCUGGAGAUCGUGAUUUGCGCCUUGGGGAAUCGGAGGAGCUUGGGGGAGGGCCAGUUUCGCCGUGCAAAGAAAGCCCUGAUCGAUCUAGCCAUUGCGAUGCUCGACGAGAAGGACUCCAGCACGACGAUAGGGCAUAGGAAUCGGUCCUUUGGCCGGAACAAUGCUUCCAGGGAUCACCGGUCAAUCGGCCAUUUCCGAUCCCUCUCUUGGAGUGUCUCCCGGUCCUGGUCUGCAGCGAAGCAGAUUCAGGCGAUUGGAAACAACUUGAAUGCUCCCAGAGGGAAUGAAAUUGCGGCCACGAACGGGCUCGCGGUUCCCAUUUUCACGAUGGGUGUGGUUCUGUUGUUUGUAAUGUGGGCUCUCGUGGCUGCAAUUCCAUGCCAGGACCGCGGUUUGCAGGUUCAUUUCUCGGUCCCGAGGCAGUUCCUUUGGGCUGCGCCAAUAAUUUCACUGCACGAUAGGAUCAUCGAAGAGUCGAAGAAGCGGGAGAGAAAGAAUGCUUGUGGCUUGAUGCGGGAGAUUUAUCAAAUUGAGAAGUACUCGAGGGUGAUGAGUGAAAUGGUGGAUUCUGUUAAUUUCCCGUUGAUGGAAGAGAAAGAAGGUGAGGUGAGACAAAGAGUGCAGGAAUUGGGGCAGGUGUCUGAGGUGGUGAAUGAGGGGUUGGAUCCUUUGGAACGCCAAGUGAGAGAGGUGUUUCACCGGAUUGUGAGGAGCCGAACUGAGGGAGGUUCCUGCAGCUCUACUUAAAGUUCUUCACAAAUGGAUGCUUGUAAUUUGCUGCUGGGAAGGGUUUGCCUUAAUAGAUCCAUCAAGUUUAAGGAAGAGGAAGAAAUGGAGGGAACAGAGUAUGAUCAGGGUAAUGUACAAAAUGGGACAGAACAAAAAGGUAUAAGGAGGCUAUUUGUACUUGUCAAUGGAUAUAUUUGUGUCGUAGAACGAUUUAGGUUUCGAAAAUGGAGCCCUUAGGUUCCCAUUUUCCGCUCUUGAGCUUCUGUUGGAUUAUUGAAUCAAAUUUCCUUGGUGCAUUGCAUUCCAACGCUGUCUGGUUCUCCAUUCCAGUUUCGUAAUGUGCUGGGGUACGUAUUACAUGCUAUUUGGCUGUUGGAUGUUCAAUCCAUUUAUGGGUGGUUGCAGCGCAAUGGCCGGUAAUGUUGAGUGUAACAGAUUGGUCUUAACUUUUCAUGAUGACUUGAAACCAAAGCAUAUUUGAAGAUGCUUCCAUCUGUGUGAUUUCGAGAUUCUAAUUUCGCAGAUGGUCUAUGUUGAUGGAGUUUUAUAUGUUUAUAUCCGGGCUGUGAGUGCUCAUUUAUCAUUUGGAGGUAACUGACCCUGUUGCUUCUCGAAUCUGUAUCCCUUCGAUAGCACUUAA